CACUCCUACUUCACCAGUAUGCUUUAUAUGUGUUACAUUGCUUGUACUGUGUCCUGAGAGUCUAAUGAAGGAUUUGGGAAAUAAGCAUUUAAUAAAUGCAUUGUUAUUCAUGCACUCUUCCUCCCAUGUCUCCAGAUGCUUUUGAAUCACUCACUACCUAGCCACCCACCGUUCUGAAUUUAAUUCUGGCAUUUGAUGUUAUGAGACAAAAUAGGAUUAUCUGUUUCAGAGAAGCCCACUGUUGUUCAAUGGUGGGGGGGGGGAAUGGAAGGGACAGAUUUUUAAAAUAUUUAUUUUUUUACAUGCAUUUAUGAUCUGUACCUCCCACUACCCCUUCCCAUUGAACAACAUCCUGAAAAGUAAAAGCAUCGUAAUAAGAAUAGUCCAGCAAAAAAAAUUCUCACAUUGAUCAUGCUCAAAAAUACAGGUUUUCCUCUGUACCUAAAGAUCACAUCAUCUCUCUGUCAGGAGAUUAGCGUCCUGUUUCAUUUUCAGUCUUAUGGACUCAUGAUUAAUCAGUCUUGACUAUUGUUCUAAGUCUUUCAAAGUUAUUUUUCUCUAUAAUGUGGUCAUUGUAUAAAUUGUUCUCCCGGAAGCUAGAGUUUUAAAGGGGGUGGGCUGGGCUGAAGAAGAAUGGGGAGCAACAGGAGCCUCCGCUCAGGCACUGAGAUGGGAGAUGGUGCAUCCCUAAUUGUGAACAUCGAGUAGGCCUGUUUGAGCCAGGUUCUUUGUGUAGGUUUCCAGCUUUUUAAAAGCGGGAUGCCGAACCCGAGAUAACAAUCCAGAUGUGUACUGCCUCAUCGGCAAAGUACAACAUGAAGCAGCUGGGAAGGAAGCCUCGACGGAUGGACAGACAGGAUGAGGUCGGGCUUUCCCUGUCCUCUUUCAAGCCUUGUGGACUCCUCGUCGCUAAUGCCUUCCAAUAUUGAUUACCUUCAGUGCACGCUGUACAUAUCUUAUAUGUACAUAGUAGUUUGCUUGUGGUCUCUCCCAUUAGAACGCGACCUUCUUGAGGGCCGACAUCUGGUUUUUGCCUUUCUUAGUAUGUCCCAGAUGUGGUCCAGUACCCGGUAGGCGUAGCGGGCACCUAAUCAAUGCUAGUGGGCUGAUGGGCGAGCCCCUUGAAGGCGGGGCCGGGAGCGCGCCCGGGGGUGGCGGGGCUGGCGGGGCUGGCUAGGAGGCGCGUGGGGUGGGGGUCCAGUCCGGGGGCGGGGCUGCGCGUCCCGGGGCGUGGCCCGUGGAGCGAGGGAGGGUCUGCGGCCCUCCAGCCGGCCACGUGGCGGCCCGCAGGCUUCAGGCCCCCGCCCCCAUUCAAACGAUGCCGAAGGGGCGGCGCGGCUGCCCGAGCCCCACGAUGAGCAAGCGGCCCGCCCCGCCCCUCUACUUCCCAUCCCUCUACGACCGCGGCAUCUCGUCCUCCCCCCUCAACGACUUCAACAUCUGGAAGAAGCUCUUCGUGCCGCUCAAGGCGGGGGCGGCGGCGGGGGUGGCAGGCGCCGGCGGCGGGGUGGGCGUCGGGACCGGGGCUCGGAGCCUGGCCGCCCAGCAGCCCCCGGCCGCCGCGCCCCCGCCGCCGCCGCCCCCGCCCGGCCUGGGCCCCCAGCCCUGGCCGGCCGGCCUGGCCCCCAUCCCCUACGAGCCGCUGCGCUUCUUCUACUCGCCGCCGUCCGGCCCCGAGGGCACCGCCCCGCCUCCGCCGCCCCCGCCACCGCCGCCGCAGCAGCCCCCCGCCCCAGGGCCGCCGGCGCCCCGGCUGCCCCCCACCGCCGCCGCCACCGCCUCGCAGCCCGACGAGCUGUGCGAGCUGGAGAUCCGCAUCAAGGAGCUGGAGCUGCUCACCAUCACCGGGGACGGCUUCGACUCCCAGCGCUAUAAAUUCCUGAAGGCAUUAAAAGAUGAAAAGUUGCAAGGCAUAAAGAUGAGGCAGCACCUGAAGAAGCCCACGCCACUUUCCUAACGAGAUGUCGAAGGCUGUGUUACUGUAUCUCCGUAGCGUUAGAUGUUAUUGAGUAGAGAAUGUAUCCCGUUUCUUGUCAUUUCAGAUAUAACUAUUUUCUGUUC